AUGCAGUAUUUCAGGGAAUUCAUACCUACGUUUCCAGCCGCUUUACGAACUGCCUUCACCAAAUCAGAUGUAUACACAGCCAUAUCCUUGUUCGUAACCCUUAAAACUUCAACAGAGAGGCAGAUGCUGUUGGCUGUGCAUCUCUACACUCGAAGCCAAAAAGGAUUUCAAGCAACAAAGCAUGUUAAAGACGCAGGCACAAAGCGUUUUCAUAAGCUGCAAACUCAAUGGGGCAUUCCAAAGUUCAUCGACCUCGAGUCGUUCGAGGACCCUUCAAAUGGAUUUUUGAUUGGGGAUGCCUGCGUUUUGGGAGCCGAAAUCUUUGUGAUCAAGCCUCCAUCCAAACAAGAAUGCCUGUCAAUUAUAGAAGAACCUCCUCUUCUUUCUUAUAGGUGGAGAUUCGACAAUUUUUCAAGAGCUAAUCUAGAAAAGUACGAGUCUGCACUUUUCUUUGCUGGGGACUACAAAUGGAAACUCGUUGUCUACCCUAAUGGGAUGCAUGAGGGCAAAGGCAAUAGUAUCUCACUGUUUCUGACCAUAGACACCUCGUCAAUUCCAUCCAACACUAAAUUAUAUGUGCACUGCAUUUUGCGUGUCAAGGACCAAAUCAAGGGGCGCCAUGCCGAAACAAAAUGUGAGGUCCACAACUAA